GGGGGAGGCGCCAGGAGGCCCCUGCCCCGGCUGCCAUCACCCUCGGGUCUGUCCCUGGCCUGGGGCCGAGCCCUUUUGCUCAAAGUCGUUUAAUCGCUAAGGAGCUUUCCCAGACGCUUCCCUCUGCAGGCCCGCUGGCCUCUGACGCAUGUCCCCUCUGCGGAGUGUUUGGGCACUGGAGGAGCCCUGGUUGGCACAGGCCGCCCCGCGUUCCCAGCUGGGGAAGGAAGGCGGGCGGCCAGGCGGGGGGAAAGAAAGCGGGAGGUGGGGCGGGGUGCUGUCCAUCCCCACGGCCUCGUCGCCCGCGGGGCUGUUUCCAGGACUUGGGGACUUCCGGGGCUGCGCUGUCGUGUCAGGCCGUUGGGCCGCCGAGGGGUGUCGCUGCGCCCGCUGCCCCGCGCGGCCCUUUAAACUUUGUUUUUUAAACUUCGGGGGUGUGGUCGCGGCGCCUCCCCUCUCGGUGGCUGGCGUCCUUGCCUCUGCCCCGCCUUCCAGAUGCUUUGGAGUCAUGAGCCGGGAGGGCGCGGGGGCAGCUCUGGUGGCCGAGGUGAUCAAAGAUCGCCUUUGUUUUGCCAUUCUCUACAGCAGACCAAAGAGUGCAUCAAAUGUACAUUAUUUCAGCAUAGAUAAUGAACUUGAAUAUGAGAACUUCUACGCAGAUUUUGGACCACUCAAUCUGGCAAUGGUUUACAGAUAUUGUUGCAAGAUAAAUAAGAAAUUAAAGUCCAUUACAAUGUUAAGGAAGAAAAUUGUUCAUUUUACUGGCUCUGAUCAGAGAAAACAAGCAAAUGCUGCCUUCCUUGUUGGAUGCUACAUGGUUAUAUAUUUGGGGAGAACCCCAGAAGAAGCAUAUAGAAUAUUAAUCUUUGGAGAGACAUCCUAUAUUCCUUUCAGAGAUGCUGCCUAUGGAAGUUGCAAUUUCUACAUUACACUUCUUGACUGUUUUCAUGCAGUAAAGAAGGCAAUGCAGUAUGGCUUCCUUAAUUUCAACUCAUUUAACCUUGAUGAAUAUGAACACUAUGAAAAAGCAGAAAAUGGAGAUUUAAAUUGGAUAAUACCAGACCGAUUUAUUGCCUUCUGUGGACCUCAUUCAAGAGCCAGACUUGAAAGUGGCUACCACCAACAUUCUCCUGAGACUUAUAUUCAAUAUUUUAAGAAUCACAAUGUUACUACCAUUAUUCGUCUGAAUAAAAGGAUGUAUGAUGCCAAACGCUUUACGGAUGCUGGCUUCGAUCACCAUGAUCUUUUCUUUGCGGAUGGCAGCACCCCUACUGAUGCCAUUGUCAAAGAAUUCCUGGAUAUCUGUGAAAAUGCUGAGGGUGCCAUUGCAGUACAUUGUAAAGCUGGCCUUGGUCGCACGGGCACUCUGAUAGCCUGCUACAUCAUGAAGCAUUACAGGAUGACAGCAGCCGAGACCAUUGCGUGGGUCAGGAUCUGCAGACCUGGCUCGGUGAUUGGGCCUCAGCAGCAGUUUUUGGUGAUGAAGCAAACAAACCUCUGGCUGGAAGGAGACUAUUUUCGUCAGAAGUUAAAGGGUCAGGAGAAUGGACAACACAGAGCAGCCUUCUCCAAACUUCUCUCUGGCGUUGAUGACAUUUCCAUAAAUGGGGUCGAGAAUCAAGAUCAGCAAGAACCCGAACCGUACAGUGAUGAUGACGAAAUCAAUGGAGUGACACAAGGUGAUAGACUUCGGGCCUUGAAAAGCAGAAGACAAUCCAAAACAAACGCUAUUCCUCUCACAGUAAUUCUUCAAUCCAGUGUUCAGAGCUGUAAAACAUCUGAACCUAACAUUUCUGGCAGUGCAGGCAUUACUAAAAGAACCACCAGAUCUGCUUCAAGGAAAAGCAGUGUUAAAAGAUAUUUUCCCACUUGUCUCACUAGCUGACCUGGAUCUUUGACUCAGUGCUCUGUUGGGAUCUCUGAAAACGAAAUGAUCGAGUCAAAUGCUCCUCCUUGAAGAGCGCAGCAGCAGCAUCGGACGAGGAGCCCUCCAGAUUGGAAGUGGUUUUUCUGACUCUUAUUUUGAUUUUGUUUGCUUUCUGAAAGUUGUUACUGACCUGAAAGUGUAGCAUCGUGAACUGGGGAAGGAGAGAAGAGAGGCAGGAUGAGAAUCGUGGAGUGCGGAGGCAGGUAGCCCGUGGGGUGCCUCCUGUGCUCGGUGGAGCUGGAAGCCACUUAGGUGCCAGAGCUUUUUCUGUGACCAAAUUCUGGCUUUUGAAAUAACCCAGUAACAGUUCUCUAUCUUUUCAUUCUGCCCGCUCCUCCCACAGCCUGGUCCCUCAGAGGAAAGGAAGGACAAGGAGUGCUUUGCAGCACGUGCCCCUGGCGGCGUCAUGGUACUUUCCUGGCCCUGCUGCCCCUGCCCGUCCAUCUUUUAUGAUUUUUAUUUACUUGUAUUGGUUUUUUUAAAUUUCUAUUUUUUGCAGAACUGAGCCUUUUUCUGCCCUGCCUUUCUCCUGUUUGUCUUUCCUUUGUGGUUGAUAUUGUGUUGUCUUCUCCAAAGUAUUUGUCAUUAGAAACUUACAGCAAGCGUAUACUUUUUAGCAUGUCAGUAUUUUUAUUAUGUUGCCCUCCUUGUCUUUGAUAACUGCCUGUGGACGCUGUGUAAACUUUCUGGUAAAAAUCCUUUUUUUUUCCCCCUGUAGUCUCUCCAUUUCAAGGACUAAAACAGUCUUGCGUUAAGUAAAAACCUGUGACCAGAGCUCAAGGAAGACUCUAGGAACUGAAAACUGCAACAGAAAUUAGCACAAUUUGAAAACAAAACAAAAUUGCAAAAGCCUUAGUUGCUUUUUCCACCUAAGAAGUUGAUCAAUGGAGAAAAUGUCCACUGGAGUUUGAAUAAUGAACUUUGAGUUUGGGUGCAAGCAAAUGACUCAGAGAAGGGCCCAGCUCUCAAGCUGAACGACAAACAUGCUGUUGUAAAUUUAGUCUCAGGUGUAAAUACCCAAGCCCUCUGGUACCCAGGGAGCUGGCUGGUCUGUGGUGCAUGUGUGUCCCUGUGAUGGCAAUCAUUGUAGUUGCUGGCCUUCAGAAGAAUUGAGGAUCUGAUGGAGGUUUUUUAUGUAUUUAUUUUCUGUUCACCUUGUGACCCUGUGUCAAAAUUUAUAAAGAUACAAAAGGCAUUACUGAAAUGGUACUUUCUGUAAUUUGAUACUAUUUGGCUUAAUCAUCUUCACUUGACUAUUUGUAAUACUGUUGUAAUGUUAACUCUGUUAAGUACCCAAGCUGCUUGUCUUCCACCAAAGAGUGCUUUAUUAACAAGAAUCUGUGAAAAUCACAUUUAAACACUGUUGCAUGUUGUAAGACCAGGUGGUACCUUAGUAACCUAAAACUUGCAAGAGAAUAUUAGUGGUAGCUUUAGAAGACUCAGGAGGAGAAACUGACUUCAGAGUUGGAAGAUGUUGCAAGUCGUUCAUUUUUCUGUCCUUCAGGGACUGAAGAACUGGGAGGCUGCCCAUUGUUUGGUUGCCAGUCAUACAAAUUAAAAUCAUAUUUCCUUCCAUGCAUGGAAGAAACACACUAUUGGGUUUUCCCCUGGAAACAGCAAUCCCAAAUAAUGUCGGCUUACAAAAAAAAAAGUUACCGCUUUUUUAGAGUCCUUCUCUGUAACAUUGGAUUUUUUUUUUCCCUUAUGAGAUCCGCCUAAGGCCAUUGACGUGGCCUGCGAUCUCAGUGACAAUGAUCUGCUUCUGGAUCUCACUGUUGCCUUUGGUUAGGGAACACAACUAGUAACUCUGCAGAGUGCCUUCUCCCGCAGCCCUACUGGAACACAGCAGAGUCUGUGCCAUGAAGCAAUUACAGAAACAGAAUUGAUUUGCUGCUAAAAAAAAAAAAAAAAAAAAAAAAUGGGGCCCGAAAUAAAAGAAUAUAUAGUACUCACCUCAGUUCCUUCCGUAAGAAGUGGGUGGUUUAAUGAUUGUUAAGCCAUUUUUGCCUGUGCCGGGAGCAUGGAGGGCUGAGAUGUCGACAGGCAGUGGGAAACAAAUGCCCUCCUAAGCCACAAGGCGUGCGCCAGAUCAGUAGGCAACUCCAUUUUAAGAAGCUGCCUUUUUCACAAAACUGCAAGAAAUAAAAGCGGUUGGAAUAAACAAGUUAAAAGUCUUUAAUGCAAAAAGUAAUUGAAAGGCAGUGCCUCCAUUUUGGUGUACUUUCUUGGAAGAAAGUAUGAAAUUGACCGGCAUCAUGAGAGACGGAAGAUGCCGUGUUCUCAGCCAAACAAGCAACUCUUUCCCCACCAGGCACUGUCGGGUGGGGUCAGGCCAGCUUUUAAACACUGGGGACUGGAUCACAGAAAAACAGUGGUUUUCUGUCCCUGGAAAUAAAUAGGCACAAAGACCCACUUGGCUGUGGGCAGACCACUCUUCAAUAAGAUUUGGGUGGGAGGAGGAACAUUCCUUUUGCUAUUUUGAGCUGAGACAAUAUAAAUAUUCAAACUGUGCCAUGCAUAAAGCAUUGAAUUCUCAGGGCACCUCUUCUUCCCCUUACCCCUUUUAAGGCCAUCCCCUCCAUCAAUAAUAAUCCAGGUAGUUGUGAAAAUCGUGCUUCCAUCUGAUCCCUUCUUAGUUUGGCUUUUCAUCCCAUCAGAACAAGUAAAUGUAGGCGCCACAGCUCUUGUGAGUACCGUCUCCCUCAUGGUGAACGAGCCUCCUGGUGUUUCAUCCAAGAAAAGAAAGGAUGUCAGUGGAACCACAGUCCUUUUUCAUUUUAUAAACUGCCUCUUCAUGUUGCCUGCUCAAGUUUCCACCUAGAAUUGCUGUCACUAUGGCUCUUUCUAAAAAUCUUUCUAUUUAACUGGUUCACUGAAGUUAGUCAUAGAAAACUUGUGAUUUGGUGAAGAGGCACUCCUUGUAAUAACCAAAUGACUUGGGAUGGUGUGCAUAGCAACAGUGUUACACUUAUGAGGACUGUCUCUAGAAUCCAGGAAGUCUCUGGGUCUGAGGGAUGGAAAGUUCUUCCUGCUAUGAAUGAGAGUGGACUCUUCCCCUCACCCCCAACUGAAACCACAAACAACCAGAAUCUUCUGGAAUUCUGACUUAGAGUCGUUGUUAUAGAAGACCUUGUUGCUAUGGAACAUGAAACUGUGUGUCAGAUGGAGAGAUCCCCUUAACCUAAGAGCCUUAAAUAGCCCUGAAAGUACACCGGGACAGUUUGCAAUGGAAUUAAAAUUGGAAGUGAAUAUUUUUAGGUGCCCUUGAAGCUUUCUGGGGACUCAAAAUUAUCAAGAGUUAGGGACAGUCCAGAGGAAGAGCAUCUGCAAAACUGGAUUCCUAGAAGUACAGACGAACGUAGCUUUUUGUAAAACUUGGUGGGGAGCAACACCUCGUGAGAGCAGAAUGGCCUGGCAUGGCCAGUGCUUCCCGGCAGCACGCGGCUCUGCCGGCCUCCAGAAUUCCCCUGUUCUGAGCUUGAUGCCCCUAGCCUGUCCCCUACCUACUUCCUCCCCUCCUCUCUAGCCCUCUCACAGGGGUGAUUGCUACCUCUCUCUUUUCUCGGGCCUAGGCAAGUUUUAGAGGAGUUCCCAAGCAUUGUUAUGAGGCCAGUGUGCUCGAGGCCAGUGUGCUCGCUGGGCAGGAUGGCCUGGGCUUGUGUAUGGCCCGAGGGCUCUCCUGGGGCCUUCUCUUUUCCCAGUCACCCUUGGAGCCACAGGAGCAGUGCACUCAUUGGAUGUCUGUUCUUAACAUAGCUUCUCUUUCUACAUUAAAAAAAAAUCAUUAUUGCAUUUUGGAAAGCAGUGCUCAUCAAAAGCAACUUUUAAAACCUAUUUUAUUGUUCCUUUAAAUGUUCUCUCCUGCUGAAACUGCCCUGGAGAGGCUAGCUGCUGUUCUUCCAUUUCCCCACAUCAGGGUAUUCUCCAUGUCACUCAGUGGAGAUGACUCCAGAUGUGUUUAAAGACUGGACAAUUCACCUAUACUGUGUAGGAAAUUACCUCCUUAAUUACCUGGUAGAAUUGUCAGCAGACAUGUUCAUCCGAUGAUAGUACUGCAGUUUUCUAUUAAUAAUUUGCAGACUUUAUCUAACCUGCACUCAUGUACAGAUUAUUAAAAGUUUUAAAAUGUAACUGAUCAGUAUUGAUCAAUCAUUGUCUUGAUUUUUUUUUACAGCGUAUAUUUCUAAUCAUAUUUUUUAAAGCCAAGGGAACUGGUUGAAUGAAUGUUUAUUUUCCUGAAGGUAUUUUUAAGAUAAAGCUUCCUAAUGGCCUGUAAACUUUGCAUAUGUAUGUAGUUUGAUACAUAUUGUCACAUUUGAAAAUCUUGUGGGUUGUAACUGGUUUUAUACAAAAUAUCGAAUAGUGGAAAUUGUACAAUUACAAUCACGUAAUUAAAAGUAUUAAUCCAA